AUGCGGGAGAUUGUGACGAUUACAGCUUCGCACAGAGCUAACCAUCUCAUCACACAGUUCUUCAACGGCCAAGAAAGGGCCCUACACGAGCGCGAUGAGCAGGCGGGUAGUGACCCCAGCGUGUUUCUCCACGGCACAAUAGAUGCUGAUGGAAGGACAAUGAGCUACGAGCCGCGCGCAGUGCUGUGGGACGCCAAAGGAGGUAGUGGGGCACUUGGAAGGUUCCAGUACUGGUCGCAAGACGACUACGCGGACGAAGAGGAACCGCCGCGGGCCGCACCAGGGAUCGAAGUGGUACAGACAGCCGCGCGAGUGCGGCGAUCCGCAUAUCAGCGUGCGUUGGACGCAGGCGAGGCACCGCCGGCACUCACUGCCGCCGGGGCACGCUACUGGUCGGACUAUGGACGGAUGAUCUAUGGCCAGGACAGCGUGCAGGAGCUCGCGCAUUGGCACCACGACGUGGCGGCGCCCAGUGCGCCAGACUUUGAGGCCCUUGGGCAGAGACGGUUCGACAGGUACGAGAACGGCUACGAGGUGUUCACCGAGGAGUGUGCGCGGGACUUCUUCGACAUAAGUCUGCACCGCCAGCUGGAACAGUGCGACACGCUACAGGGUUUCAAUCUCGUCACCGAGACUGACAACGGUUGGGGUGGCUUCAUGGCCGCGCUCCAAGAGCAGUUGCGCGAGGAAGUGCCCAAGGUGUGCUACUUCGGGUGGGGCCUCAACGUCGAUGAGUCUGGGCCGCGCCACCCCCCUCGCGCGGGCUUCCAGCGGCAAUCUAACAAGCUCCGCGCCACCCUCGCAAUGCUCGAGCAAAGCGAUCUGUAUUUCCCGAUCCGCAGCGAAGCUGCUGAUUCGCUUUGGGAGGCGGGCGGCUGGGCCUGCCAUGUGUUGGAUAGCGUCAACUCUGCCAUGUGCUUAGAAAAAUCCCGCACUUUGCGCUUCAUGAACCAGCUGGCGGACCGUCUACACAGUGGAGAUGAGCAGCGGAAUGUGGUUUCGCUCAUGUCAUCGGGUCAGCGCUCCUACUCCUACUUUGCGGACGCUCCGAGACAUCGCUCAUCGCGCGGAGACCCACAUACCUUUUCGCGAUGCCGUCUGUUGAGAGGAUCCCAUUCUCCACCAGAAACUACCCUUUCAGUGGAAAACCUCGAGCUGAUACGCACAUAUGCAUGGCGGCCUGCGGAUACUAUUCCAGAGACAGCCCGGAAUUUGCACCACAUUGAUCUUGGGGUGACAGAAAAAUGCCGCGAUGUUUUCAAGAACUGGUACGAAAUGGUGGCAAAACAAUUCCGAUAUGAUCCGGACCGCGAAGAGCUGAAGGAACGCUUGGGGACGCUAGGUGCGGCUUACGAGUGUGGCUGGUACAGCGACGAUGAUUCCGGCGAUGACACAUAA